UUGGUGAUCAAAAUCUCUCACAUUUACUUGAACAAACAAAAAAGAUAAACAUAUUUCAUUUAACAAAUUUAAACAAAAUGGCUGCCUCUUCUCAUCCUGUUAGGUCCAUAAGUUUACCUGCUAGAUCUCACCCAACAUCUCUUAAAAUCGAAGAAACGAUCAAUAAGUUAAAGACUCGUGAUAUUUACCCAUCAGAGUCAACUUCCUGUUAUGCAACAGGAGCCGAUAGUAUUCAGCUCGGUCUUCUAAACCUUGUUGAGUUGUAUGCUCAUCUACAAGAUCUUAUCAAUUCUCUUUCCAGCCAGAACGGGAAAUUGGUAGAAGAAGCCUUAGAAAGUUCGGUAUCACUGCUAGAUACUUGCAGCAGUGGAAGAGACCUCAUUACAGGGUUUAAGGAGCAAAUCUGUGAACUACAGUCUGCUCUACGUCGUAAGGGGUACUCGAGCAGUGAAGAAAUUAGCAUGUACAUGAGUUUUCGAAAGAAGGUUGCAAAGGAAGUUUCAAGAUGCCUUAAAGUAUUGAAGCAAGCUGAGGGAAAAUUCGGAAUCACUGCUCCUCUGCUUGAAAGCGAUCCUUCAACAGCGAAUUUAGUUAAACUUGUAAGAGAAACAUACACUGCUACAGUUGCUGUCUUCAAAUCACUCUUCUUGUUCUUGUCUACUCCAACCAAGGCAAGCAAAUGGUCAUUGGUCUCAAAACUCGUCACUAAAAAUUCAGGGGCUCGUUCUACCAGCAAGGUGGCCGGGAUCCUGAACGAGGUUUCUGGGGUUGAUCUAGCCCUUCAGAACGAGAAAAAAGUUGAUGUGAUGCUAGUACGAGGCAAAAUUCAAGCUCUUGAUGCUAGUCUUCAAAUCAUUGAGGGAGAACUCGGGUGCCUUUUUAGGUGCUUACUACAAAAUAGAGUCUCACUCUUGAACAUCCUCACAAAUUAAGUGGAUACUUAGACUAAAUAGUUUGUAUACUAUAUUCUUUGUCAUGGUAAAUUUCCAUGGGCCAGAAAUUUUGUGCAUUUGUAAAUUGAGACACAGGAUUUAUA